GCUUGUAUCCUCCAGGUAAUUAGGCCGGAUAAACGAAUCGUGUGAUGAAAUAUUUAAGGUAGUUUUUAAAAGAAAUUACACACGGAAUGUCAUGUAUUUGAUUGACAUGUCGGGCGUUUGAUGAAAGAUUCUAAAUUCAGCCCGUGGGAAAAUUGAAAAUAUUUGGAACAAAUUUUUCGUGAAAGGACAACAACUUCUUGAGUAGCUUACGUCACAAGGUGAACUUUCAGUUAUUACAGUGACAAGGACUUGAACAAAAAUGUUGACUUCUGUGUCAGUGUUGGCAGUCAGCGUCAUUUGCUGUGUCAGUGCCGGUGUCAUACAGCCCACACAGCCAUCUACCAAAGACGACGACACUCCCAAUCAUGACGCAAGAAACAGACGCCUUAACGUCACGCUAUGCGACGAUGGACAUUCCACUGAGGUUUACCUAGGCAACCAGACGACAGUGACCGUUAGGAGUCCGAACUACGGAGACGGAGAGUAUCCGGACAACGCCAGGUGCAUGGUGGUGUUCCGUACCGGUGAUCAGGCCAUGAUGGUGCUGCUUCAAUUCAAUUCGUUUGACCUUGAGAUGGCCUUGGAUUUCGGUUCCUGUGAUUAUGAUUGGCUGUGUGUGAAUGGCGUCAAGUUCUGCGGUGACUGGGCCUCCAGGAGAGUGUUUGAGUACCUCGUGCCAGCUCACAAGACCUUCACCUUGUACUUCUCCACAGAUGUCGCUAUCACCAAAACUGGAUUUGAGGCAGUGCUUGAGGCCUACCACGCCAGUAACAAGACCGUCACUAUCCCCACCUCUGGCUCAGGGUCCAGUGAGAAGCAAAUUACAUACAUCACGACGGCUUUAUCACGUGACUUCACCGAGAACUACAAGGACAAGUGUAACAGAAGUGGCUACUACAGUAUAUUCUUACCUGACGCUACCUCCAUGCCGCCUUCGACGCGUCUGCCGUCAUCACGGACGACCAGGCGAUACUGACCGACAACGUGACGUCCCAAACACAAAUGACGUCAGGCAAGAACUCAAAACCAAGUUCAAUAAGACAGUAUUCCAAUUAAUGUUAUUACCUCGACUGGCAUUUCCUCUACAACUUGAUCUAAUUAUUCUAAUAUAUAAAAUAAAUAUGAUCUCAAGAGUAUAUUCUAA